GCCAACUACCACUACCACUGAGCCAACUACCACUACUACUGAGCCAACUACCACUACUACUGAGGCCACUACCACUACUACUGAGGCCACUACCACUACUACUGAUGCCACUACCACUACUCCAUCUCUACCAACAAGUCCCCCGAGUGACACAACCUCUGAAUCAACUCUUGUGACUUGCUAGGGAAAACUGAAUCAGGAUCCUUCACGAGUCAAAACCACGGAUGAACGAAAUUCUAUCUUCUUUUGCCUGAAUUUUCAUAGCCAUUCCUCAUCAGACGUUCUCCUCUUUUUACCAAUUGCCUUAAAAGUGAAUUAAUGAUUUACCGGGGUCCGUAAUUUCAAUACAAACGCAAAAAGAGUCGUUAUCUUGAGUAAGAAUACAAAGAUGGCGUCUCACUUAAUAUAUAGAUGAGUGUAAUCGAGACCUCAUUGCUGUUCUGGUUAGUUUUUAUUCAAUCGUCAGGAAACAUUGCGCUAGAGGAUCUGUCAAUAAAACACACUACAUCACAUGUCUUUGAAAUUAUCCUAGAUUUUGGUACAUUUAAUUUAUCUUGAGAUGAAUGUUUUGCUAUAUUCCUAAAUGUGUGUUCUUAUUCGUAAAAGCAAGUCUGCAGACAUAAGCACGUGGGGAGCUAACAGUUAUUAAUAAUCCCAGGCAGCCGAUGAUGACAAACUAUGAUGUUAGGUAGGCUACAGAUAACGCUGCCAUGGUAGAAGUAAUCUUAAAACCAAAAAUGUUUAGGGAAGCUUAGGCGAAAAAAACAUAUACUACCGAAUGGGAAUCGAGGAAAUGAAAUGGUGUUAAAGUCUAUACCAACACUGUAAUAACUCCAACUGGCUUUGUAAAUCCAGUGGGAGGAAGCCAGCGUAAACCAGGAACCGAGAGUGACACGAAUUACAGAGCGAAACACUUCAUUUAGGACAGGGUUCAAUACAUAAAGGUAAACCUACGUGGCCAAAAAAUAAACCUCACAAUAAUUUCAUGAUUUAGGAAGAAUUAAGACAGCCGUGUAAGAUGAGAAUUUGCCACUCAGAUCCACUGGAAGACACGAAACAGUAUCCUUAAGAAGAGACAGGACUGUUCUGAUGUAUAGCAUUGUUGGAGUAGGCAGUGAAACUCCAGCUAAGAGGUGUACUUCAUUGUCUAUGAAAAACCAGAUGGGGAUGCUCUGAGAGAGAGAGAGAGAGAGAGAGAGAGAGAGAGAGAGAGAGAGAGAGAGAGAGAGAGAGAGUUUUCCCUGCUCGCUUCACAGAGUACUGCAUCCAAACAUUUUCGAUUCGCAUCACUGCCAGUCACAGCAAUGCUCAUUUCUUCACAUUCAAUCUGGGGCAGGGGUUCUCAACCUUUUCCUUGUUAAGAACCCACUGAGUUAUAAGACCAUCUACCCAAACCCGUAGUAAUCUGACGUCGAACAGAAUGUUAAUUUAGUGACUGACAGUAACUCAAACGCAAUGGUACUGGAAAGAAUAUUAUCAGAUCAGCCAUCUAAGUACCCCUGGAAUAUUAAUUUAGUGACUGACACUAACUCAAUAUGCAAUGUUACUGUAAAGGAUAUCAUUACAUCAACCAUCCAAGUACCCCUGGAUAUUUUCAUGUGAACCCCUAGGGGUUUGCUAACUGCAGGAUGAGAACCCCUGAUCUAGGGGAAAAGAAGUAAUAGUAAUAUACAUUAAGAAAUUUCUUUUUUCAAGAUUCACCUACAAUAAGACAAGUUGACUCAUAAACGAAGAACAUUUGCCUCUUAUACAGGCAAGCUCAAUCAGAUAUCUAAUCAGUUAUCUUAUCAGGCUUGCGAUAUACACCGAGCAUUCAAGUGUAGAUGCCGAUAGUCGUUUCAUUAGGACCAUUCAGAAAACAAGUCGCUGUCGACACCAAAUAUCCAGCUGACCUAAGAUGGGUUUAGGAGAUGAGUUACUCUUGUGGUCGUUGAUAGAGAAUAGCGAGAAACACCUAAGGACGGCAUUAGAGUAUGGCGCUAACGUCAACUUGACGAGCCCCACGGGUUCAUGUCCCCUUCACGUUGCUGCUCUCUUGGAUUUGCCAUGGCUCAUCAGAAUUCUUCUAGACCACAAGGCCACAGUGGACCAAAAAGAUGAGUCUGGUUAUACUCCUCUUAUGGUGGCCGCUCUCAACGGCAAGACGGACGCUGCAAGGGUACUGCUGUCCAUGGGUGCUGACCCAAACAUGAAGCGUCCGAGCAAUGGGGAGACAGCCUUGCACCUGGCCAUGAACAGUAAAAGUCGGACGGUGGUUGGCACGCUGCUGGACGCAGAUGCAGAUAUCAAUGCACAGACCAGUGACAGGAAGUUCACGCCGCUGCAUUUAGCAGCUUGGUUUAAUGCUGGAAACUUGGUAAGUUUGCUACUUGAAGACCCUCUGUGUGAUGCAACGAUUCUAGACAGUGCUGAACGCACCGCAGCCAUAGUGGCCACAGAAAAAAGUAACCAUCAUGUAGCUGAACACCUUCGUUUGUUCGCAAUGACGAAGAGUGUGGCAGAUAAGGAACUGUUGUCAGCCGUCAUGGAGUUGGACAACGAGGCUGCGAAGAAAGCUUUGAUGGGUGGCGCCAACGCCAAUCUGUGCUUCCACGUCGCAGCCAUGAAGGGCUCAGUGCCUCUCAUCAAAAUCCUCCUGGAUCAUCAGGCCAAUGUGGACGAAAUCAACUCCUUGGGUAUCACUCCUCUCAUGGUGGCUGCUCUUAAUGGAAACACUGACGCUGUCAAGGAACUCCUGCUGAAUGGCGCCAAGGUGAACCAGAAGGGUAUUGACAACGAAAUUGCCUUGCACCUGGCCAUGAAAGGCGGCAGUCACGGUGUGGUGAAUGAACUGCUUGAGAAAGGGGCAGAUAUUAAUGCGCAGACAAAAUCCAAGAAGUUCACACCUCUCCAUUUUGCAGUUCAUUUCAAUGAUCAAUACCUAAGAAAAGUUUUGGAAAUGCAUACAAAGUGCGACGCUACGAUAGUUGACUGGAAGGAUCGCACUGCCGACCAGCUAGCUGAGGAGCGUGGCCAUCAGCAUGAAACGUUGCCGGACACACCUGACGGGAAAAUGAUAAAGUCGGAGAGGGUCAGUGAGAAUGUGUACAAGGUCACUUCACCACCACGAGGAAAAGUUCUAGUUUUUAAUUAUGAAAAUUUUGAAAAAAAAGAAGAUUAUCGAAAAGGCGCCGUAUGGGAUUCCAAAAAAGUUGAAAAACUUUUUGCCAAGAUGGGCUAUCAAGUGAACUCUUACCACAACAAGAAGUACCAAGAAACCAUAGAUAUCCUGAAUUCAUUCCGGCGUAGUGAAGAGAUGGCGAAGGUGGACUGUAUUGUGGUGUGUGUGUUGAGCCACGGGAUCAGACACGACACCUUCAUGACAUCAGACAACAGACUUAUGACUGUGGAUGAGAUCCACAGUUAUUUCACGGAUGACAAGUGUCCGCACCUUAAGGGAAAACCGAAGCUUUUCCUCUUCAAUUAUUGUCGAGUAGACACAAACUCUCAGGAUGACCUCAAGACGCAAGGAAGCAGGGAAAAUCCUCCACUUGAAGACCACAUUACUAUUUACGCGACCAUCGAGGGAAAAUACGCUUUACGAAAUCCAUGGAAAGGUACCUACUUCACCGAGGCAAUGACGAAGAUGUUAAGCCAAUACGCUGAUUUUCUUCACGUGGCUAAGUUAGCCGAAAAGAUGCGUGAAUACAUGAAAAUUAUUAAUGGACCUGAAAUAUCUGUUGUUGACGAAACCAAGAAAAAGUUUUAUCUUAAUCUUCACGCUACAAGUGACUGAAUCAGCGACAUGAAUGAAAAUUGUAAGAUCAGAGACUUUAAUAGGCAACUGAAGCUUUCAGAGCCUCAGAGGGUGACAGAGCGUCGUUCUUUGUGAGUUGUACGUAGUUAGGAUAUUAAAUGAUCACGAACACUUAUUAUUGGAUGUGUCUAAUACUUUACACGGCAUUAUAUAUGACCGUCCGCUCACCAUUACCUGUUCUGUCCUUCCUGUGGUCCGUCUUAAGCCGGUGAAUUGUUUCUGGAAGUUUAUUUUUUUUCUUUUUCAUUUUAACAUGCACAUAGUUUUUCCUUUGUUACUUAUAUAUAUA